AUGGCAACUGCUAUCGCUCUCAGAUUCAGAUCCAAUCUAACCCGCACCGCCUCACACCUCACCUCCUCUCUCCGUCCACCACUCUUCUCUUCCCUCUCAACCCACCGUUUCCUCUCCACAGCACGCCGCCAAACUCCAUUACGCCCCAAGAAAACCAUCGACAUCGCCGCCCGCGCUCGGCAACUCCAAGCCAAGCGUCUAUGGACCUACGGCCUCUCAUUCGCGACGUUCACCGGUUUCAUCGUCGUCGUUCUAAACAACUUCCAGGAUCAGUUAGUCUUCUACGUAACUCCAACCGACGCAAUAGAGAAAUUUCGAACUAACCCUACCAAAGCCAAGUUUCGAUUAGGCGGUUUGGUUCUCGAAGGAAGCGUCGUCUAUCCAUCUUCUUCUCCGGGUGUGGAAUUUGUCAUCACCGACUUGAUUACCGAUAUCGUUGUUCGACAUGACGGAUCUUUGCCUGAUUUGUUCAGAGAAGGACACUCUGUUGUUGCUGAAGGCUUUGUCAAGCCGUUCACCGAUGACAUCAAAAAAGAUAAUUCCUUGAAGAAAGUUUCCGCCAAGGCUAGAAGUGGACACUAUUAUUUUUCUGCUACUGAGGUUCUUGCAAAGCAUGAUGAGAAGUAUAUGCCUAAAGAGGUUGCUGCUUCCAUUGAGAAGAAUAAAAAGAUUCUUCAGGAAGCUAAUGCUAAUGCUGUGUCUGAGGAGAAAGACAAACUCAACAACGCCUCAUAG